AUGGGGAAAGUCCGCGCAGCUCCCGUUAAAACCAUGACAAUUCCACGUCUUGAGCUUACGGCGACCACAGUUUCAGUUAGACUGGGAGAGAUGAUUGCCAGCGAGUUAGACGAACCUGCAGAGAGUAAGACUUAUUGGACAGACAGUACAACUGUUUUGAAGUACAUCCGAAAUGACAAGAAGCGUUUCCACGUGUUUGUGGCGAAUCGCGUGCAAACAAUAAGAGAUGCAACGAAUCCUUACCAGUGGAGGUACGUUGGGACCGACAUUGAUCCGGCUGAUGACUCGUCACGUGGUUUGAAAGGCCAUGAGCUAUCCAAACAGCAUCGUUGGAUUACAGAUCCAAAUUUCCAAUGGUUACCCGAGAGCGAAUGGCGUCAACUUCCGGGUGACUUGGACGACGUUUCCUACGAUGAUCCUGAUGUUAAAAAGGUUCUUGUGCACAGCAUGGAUGUUGAAGAGAACGCAGACCUUUUGAAAAGGCUCACACGCUUUUCCGAGUGGCACCGUAUGAAAAAAAUCCAUUACCUUGAUACUCCGUCUAAAACCAAACUCGGAUGA